AGCAAGUGGAUGGGAAAAAUAUCAAGGUAAAAAGAUGUGGCUGAGAAGACGGAGCACCUCCCGCCCCGUCUACAGCGUGGUUCAGAAAAAACACAGGGUUUUUGCCUGUGGGAGCGGGACCAAGCUGGCAGCCUCCUCCGACGUUCUCUCCGGGGAGCUUCAGACCAAUAAUGCAUGCAUGCACAGUCUCAGGAGUCAGGAGUGACCCGUCCCACAGUCACAGUGCAACCUCAUCAUCAAUUCAACAAAGCGGCCGGAUCUCAAGAACGAGUUAAGGGCAUCUCCAUCUCGUUCUCACCAGUCACCACCAUUGCUCUUGCUCCACCAAAAGCCACCAACCAUGGCGCUUGUGUAGCCGUCCCACGCUUGCUCGUCUGGUCCCGCUCCCAGCAAGCACGCCCGCAGACCUAACAUUUGGAGGCGGUCGCUGCCGGAAGUGAAGAGCCUGCCGGUGCUGCUUGGGGAUCUUUUCCGAGAGCUCCUUGGUGUUGGAUCUGCUAGCUGCUUGCCUUCCUCAGCUAUGCUCUGCUCGGUUGUAUACAGGUUUUCUUCCUAAAGGAUCCGACCCAAGUCACCCAACCAUGUUGUUGGUGACCGGUGUCAUGGGAAGACUACUCCUUAAGCUGGGCGACCUGCUCGCCGGUGAGUACAAGCUACAGAAGGGCGUCAAGGAAGACAUUGAGUCCCUCAAGAAAGAGAUGGGGAGCAUUCACAUUGCCCUUAAAGAGGUGGCCGAGGUACCACGAGACCGGCUUAAUGCGCAGUUCAAGAAAUGGGCAGAUGAACUGAGGGAGCUGUCGUACGACAUGGAGGACGUCGUUGACAACUUCCUGGUGUGGGUCGAGGGAUCUGAUCCAGCACCCAACUCCAACAAGCUCAAAUGGCUAAUGGAGAAGAUGACCGGCUAUUUCACCAAAGCCAACGGUCGCCAUCAGAUCGCCAAUGACAUUAAGGCUCUCAAGGAACUUGCCCAAGAGGUGGCUGCCCGGCGUGCCAGAUGCCAAGUCAGCGGUGCUGUUGUCAAUCCACCUAGCAGAUCCAAGGUUGGCCCUCGUAUGCUGGCUUUGUACAAGAGACUGGCUUUUUAGGUCCCGGGGGUCGGUACCCCCGGUUAUCCUGUACGUCCAUGCAAAACACAGUAGCUAGAGAUCUGUGCCAUGUCCUGUCAUAGUGUGUUGUUUAGCAAGCCUAGUGAACAGUAAUGCGGCAGGGCGGUACCGGGGCUGAUGGAAGGAUUCAUUCGGCUCUCUCUCUCUCUCUCUCCAGUCCGCGCAGAGCAGCAGGUGGCAGAUGUCGAUACUGGCCAAUUGAGCUGACAAAGCUGAUUCGUGUACACACAAAACAUCGCCCGUGACCCAGAGUUUGGAGGGAAACACUUCCUGAAAUGCAAUUUUAAAUUGAA